AUGAUUAUCCCAUUAGUAAAUAACGCAAGAGUGUAUGAUGGAAUUGUGAGUAGCGAAAUAAUUGGAUGUAAGAUAAGCCCAUGUGAAAAUUACUUGGCAAUUAUUACAAGAGAAUCUCUUCAAAUAGUAAGUAACCGACAUAAUAGAAUACUUAUUUCCAGGUUUAUACUAACCAAUUCUAAAAAAAAGCUUAAUGGGGAAUUUAAUGGGUCUUUGGAAUGGAGUGGUAAUAGUAAAUUGUUAAUUUUAGGAUCUUCUACUCAACAACAUGUUUUUGUAUUCUGUCUUCACCUUCAUUCACCACUUGAAAUUUCUAAUGAAGAUGGAUACUUGAGUGAAUUUGAAUCCAGUUCUGAAGACUCAAUUAAUGAUAGUGAUGAUGAUGAUGAGCAAGAUAUUGGAAGUGAAGAAAUGAAUGAUUAUAUUUAUGGAAAAAAUGAGCUUGAAAGCUUCUCAAUAAGUAAUUCUAUUUCAAAGAUAGAUAAUAAUGAAAGAUUUGUCUUUAUUACAGAAGAACUUGAAAAUGGUCUGAUUAAUAUUCCAAGCGUGAAUGUUCCAGAUGAAAUAUUUGAUAGUUUUCAAGAAGAUCUCCUAUCUUUUCAGCUAAUUAGCGAGUAUGGGACUUUGAUGGAAAAAAGUGAAAAGUUGGAUGCAGAAACUGGAAUUGAGUUUUCAACAUCUUAUGCAAAGUUGGAGUUAAUUGGAAUGAUUAAUGUAUUCCACAAAUUUGAUUCUUUUCUAUUUAUUUUUGAUCAAAGUAUUAAUCAAAAUGUUAUAUUAUUUACUUUAAAAGAAUUUCCAAUAUUAAUUUUAAUUCAAUUUUCUGAUUCAAGCUUAAGAAGAAAAAAUAUAUUCUUAACAGAUUUAGUUUCUUCUAUUCAAGUUGGGGAUGAAUUAAAGAACUCACAAGGUUCCUUCUCUUUCUUAGAUUCCAUUUAUAACUUGGAACUUAACAAAAAGAAUUGUUUUAGUGGAUAUUUGGAUGAAUCUAUUCCCAAUAAGGAAAUUAAACUAGAAAACUUGGAAAGAAUUAAAAUAUCUUCUCAAAUCCAAAAAAGUAUUGAAGAGUUAUCAUGCCAAACAUUCCCAACAAAUUUUCACUACUCUUCUGUGAGUUUAAUGGAGGCUUUAAUUAAUAAUAAUAAAAAACUUGAUUUCAGUUUGGAAAAUAAAUCAAAUUUCUCAGGAUUUGGAGCUGGAAACUUAGAAUACAAUGAAAUUCAUGAUUGGUUAACGAUUAUAGUUAAACCACUAAACUCCCUUUUAUUAUUCUCUUGGAAUUCACCAAUAUAUUUUGGUGUUAGUAGUAAAGAUUUUUUUUUAUCUGAAACAUAUAAUGAUCAUAAAAUUAACCAUUUUCCAAAAUUUUCAUUUGGGUAUAUUGUCAAGUUAACUGGAGUUUUAAGAUCAAAAAUCCUUAAUAAGAGCCGUAGAAUUGUCACAAUAUGCGAAGAGUCUGCUCAACCAAAAGAACUUGGAAUAGAGUUUGAAUUGUGUGAUGAUCAUAUUGACUCCACUUUUGGGUUUGAUUAUAAUUAUCAAGUAGCGAAGGCUGAAUCAGAAACUAACAGUCCCAGCUCCUUGAACCAAGAGGAAUUGUUUAUUGAAGUUCUUUCAUUUGAAGAAAAAGUAUAUAAUCGAUCAAAAAAUGAUAUUCAAACCACUGAGAAUUUGUUUGUUAGGCCAAAAAUUAACCGUGUAUUCAGCUUAAAAAUUUCAGAAUUUGUUUCUAACAUUAGUUUAUUUUCCAAAAUCCCACAUCUAAAUGUCUCCAACAGUGAUAUAUAUAUUACCAUAACUUUGGAAGAAAGUGGAAUAUUUGUUAUUGAUAGCUUUUCUGGGAAGCUUUACUUUAAUAUUAAUAAAGAUAAAAAUAUAUCCAGAAUGCAGAAUCCAAUUUUAUUUAAACAUGCCCUAAUCAUCUCAAAUGACUUUUCAAUGCUAUAUCAAGUCAAGAUCAAAACAGAAGACGAUGAUCAAGAAAAAUUUUGUUUAAUAGAACUUCCAAUAUACAAAUUAGUAGAAACAAAAUCAUCUUUCUGCCAACUUUCCAAUGAUAACCAGAGUCUGCCUUGUUGUGAAAAUUUGGUUUUUCUUGGAAUGGAAAGUAUUGGAGUAUUGCAAUGUAAUUAUAGGAACUUCAAAUUAGAUUUGGAUCCAGAAUCUAACGAAUCAAAUUAUCAGGUGAGUAGUAAGGUUGCAAAAGAUUCCAUGAUUGAAUUAAAUCACAAGAGUGAUAGCAUUGAUAGUAAUGAUAUUAGUAAUAGUUUUCACCAGAAAAUUUCUCCAGAGUUUGGAAUAAUAUCAUCUUGCUUAGAGUUUCAAACAGAUCUUGUUUUACAAAGUAUCCCAAUUCCGCCUUCCAUAUAUAUUAAUCACAACUGGCCAAUCAAUGAAGCAUAUGUAAACAGAAGUGGAAAUUACAUACUAGUAAGUGGUUAUAGAGGAUGUGCCAUUUACGAUUUAAUAAACUCAAGAUGGAGAUUAUUUUGUGAUCUUAAUCAUGAACUUCUUCUAUGCAAGCCAAACUUGCCAUUUGGAUGGAUUAAUGAAUGGAUUUUCUUCUUAUCAGUAGACUCAUCUUUACUUUUAAAUACUUUUCACGAUUUAAUCACAAGUAAUGACGACUUAUGGGAGAUUUCAGCAUUUGAAAAGAAUAAAUUAUAUGAAGCUUAUAUCCAAUGCUUAAGUAAAGAAUUAAAAACCAUUAAGAAUUACAAAAGCAAAAUAUAUGAAGAAACUUGUAUUGUAUUUUUUGAUGUUAGGAAUUCUCUGGAUAUUAGAAAUAUUAUUGGAAUAAUCCCAUUUUGCUCUUCUUAUCCUUUAUUAAUAGCCAAUAGUAUAUCCAAAUCAAAAGAUGACUUUUUUAUCCUCUAUACGGAUGAUUUCGUUCUCACAGCCUACGAAGAUGAGAAUUUGUCACAUUUUUUAUUUAUACCUACAGAAGUCAAGUGGGUUAUUGAUCUUUCAGAAGUUUGGAAUGAUCAUCCUGUCGAAAUCUUACUAAUCAAAAAAUGCUCUGAAGUCUGCGUCUUUCUUAUAUUACACAAAGACUGGAAAUUAUAUAAAUUAACUGUAUAUUACCAGCCAGAUGAAAAUAUUCUCAACAAAAAAUGCGAGUUUGAAUUCCAGCCAAUUGAUAAAUCUUCUAUUGAUAUUGAUGAGAAUCUAGCUUAUUUCAACAAUUUUAAUAUCAUUAGAUUUGGUUUUCUGGAGUUUUGCACAAAUGAUCAAAAUGAUAAAGAACUUGAAAAGUCCAGUGAAUCAACAGAAGUCACUUCCUCAAAUAAGCCUCAGAUAAAUUGUAUGGUAAACCCUGAUACCUCAAAUUAUGACAGUAUUAUGAAAGAUGCCUUUAAUUUACUUCAGGAAGAACUCAAACCGUUUGAAAAUAAUAUAUCUGAAUUGUUAAAUAACCAUAAUCUUAGGAAUUUUAUGAAAAAUUACUUAAAUUCAAAUGUAAACACAAUAUCAGAUAAGCUUCCUUUAUAUUGGGAAAACAUUGAGGAAUUAGAUAUUUCUGGUAUUAUCUGGUACUUAACAGAGUCUCAACAAUUAUUUUUGCUUCCACUAAUUGACGAAAGUAGUGACAAAAAAAUUUCAAAAUACUCCCUACUUACCCCAAUCCUCAUACAGUCAUUUCAGGAAAAAAUCGGCCAUACUCAUAUCGUCAACUUCUUCCCUGGUCUUGCUUCAUUUUUAAUUUUGGAAUCGUAUCCAAACAAAAAAAAAGCCAAUAAUCAAGUUAACAACGAAUCAGUUAUGAAUAAAAGCCUUCAUUCUUUAGUAAGUGAGCCAAAAAUUAUACUAAAUAUUUAUCAAAGCCUUUCUCCAGUUCUACAAGAUCUGAUUAACAUUCCAAAUAAGUUUUUAAGAUCCAAAAUAAUUAGAAAAUUUUUAUUUCCAAUAAUCAGUUAUAUUAAGAUAUACCCACUCGAAAAUAUACUCAAAAUAUUGAUAAAUAUUUUUGAAAAUAUGCUUUUCCCUAUUUUAAAGAAUUCAUGUAGAGAUUAUAAAAAGAAUCUGAAUGAAGUAAUCGAAAAAAUGGUAUCAUUUUCCAAAAAAAAUGGUAUUGUUGACGGGAAAAUAACUGAGAAACUUAUAUUUGAUUACUUGAGUGAAACCUUUCAUAUUGUUGGGCCAAAUUUAAAAAUAUGUAACAAAAGAUUUUGCAGACAUGGCGAGGAUAUUAGUAUUGUGGAACUAGUUCAGUCUGAAAUUAUGAUAUCUUCCCAAAAUAUUCAAGAAAUGAUACAAAUAAUGGAGAUCAUUCAAGAAUCUCUUGAACAAAUGUAUUCAAAAGCCUCAUCAAUGGAAUCGUUAUCUUUAUUUGGAAAUUGUAAUAUCCAAUCACAAAUAUUCACAUAUCUUAUUAUUUCAAUUAUUAGAAAGAUAGAUCCAGUUAUUGCUCCAUGCAUUGUUUUUCCAGCAAUCAACCAAAGUCCAAAUGAUCUUUUUCGACAAUGCAUUAAAAACAAAAGUUAUGCCAAUGCUAUGCUUUACUUGACUGUCUUACAAUCUUUUCUUGGACCAUAUUAUGUUAGAUAUGAGCACUCUCUUUUACUUCUGCAUAAUAUUUUAUGCAGUAUAAAUAUCACCAACUAUUUUCAGCUUCUUCCUAUGGCAAAUCAAACAAUUAAAUUCAUCCUCAUUAUUUUCAAACCAAAUACUUUAUCUAUAAAGACUCCAUUAUCAAAAAUCACGGAGCCAGUUUCAAUAGUUGGAAUGAACUAUUGCAGUAAUCUGCAGCUGGACUGUCUUGUUUUCCUUAACAAAAUAGAUAGUAUACUUGAAUUUCACUUUUUAUCAAAGCUUAUACAGAUUGAAUGGUUAUGUAUUGUUAUUAUGUGCAAAAGUCUGGGAAUGAGCUUUAAUUCUUGGUUCACACACUGCUUACAAAAAUAUUAUCCAUUAUGGUUUAGUGAUGAAAAUAUGGAGUCUUAUUGUUAUUCAACAUCUUCUAACUUCUUCAACUUGGUUAUCUCAAUCCAACAUAAAUUCAAUCUUUUCAACGUAAAGGAAAAUUCCAUUUCUCUUUUUGAUGAAACUUCCCAACAAAACUCAUCAUCCAGAGUCUUAAAUAAUGAUUUUCUUUCUAAUAUUCACAAAAAUAAUUCAGAAAUUUUCUUUCAAAAUUUUUCCAUUCAAAAUAACCUAAUUAUUACACAAGUAAUUAAACAAUUUUUCAAAGCAUUCCUAUCAAAUUCGUUCCCUAUACCGGCAUUAGCCAUUGCAUAUGCAUGCAAUGACGUGUAUUCUGUCCACAAAGUUUUGCAUGAUUUUCCAAAUUUGAAAGAAAAUUUGCAUGUAAUUCCGUAG